UCAGGAACAGAAGCCUCCCCCCUCCCCACCCCCUGCCUGGCUGGGGUUUCCGAGGGAAGCAGCAGGUGUCAUUUCCUGGGCCAGGCAGGAACCUGUGGGGGGGAGGGGGGAGCCACUCUUCACUCUGGCCCCCUGCCCUCCAUUACGGUUCUGAGUGAUGGGGCUGGCCGUGGGGCAGUAGAGGGGACACGGAGACCCAGAGCCACCUGCAGUGGUUCCAAACAGAAGUUCUUUGGCAGACAGACCAGGGACAAAAUCACAGUGACCCCAGAACUUUCCUUACCUGUGUGGUCCAAUAUGGCAGCCACCAGCCCCGUGAGGCUACUGAGCCCUGGAGCAAGAUGGGGAAACUGAGGCACAGAGCUGGAUAGAGUGACUCAGAUAUCAGGAGCUGCCCAGCGUGGAGCCGAGUGCUCCAGUCUUGAUUCAGCUUGCCCAGGGUGCAAAUCUACUGGCAUUUCCUGUCUCUGUGACCUUGGCACUAAACAGGAGCCUGUGGGGGUCUCCACAGAGGGCAUCAGGAUGUCGUAUUUUGGGGAGCAUUUUUGGGGUGAGAAGAACCAUGGCUUUGAGGUCCUGUACCACAGCGUGAAGCAGGGGCCUAUCUCCACCAAGGAGCUGGCCGACUUCAUCCGGGAGAGGGCCACCAUCGAGGAGACCUACUCAAAGGCAAUGGCAAAACUUUCCAAACUGGCCAGCAAUGGGACCCCCAUGGGGACCUUCGCCCCGCUCUGGGAGGUCUUCCGCGUCUCCUCAGACAAGCUGGCACUCUGUCAUCUGGAGCUGACCCGGAAGCUACAGGACCUCAUCAAGGAUGUGCUCCGCUACGGCGAGGAGCAGCUCAAAUUGCACAAAAAGUGCAAAGAGGAAGCCGUGGGUACCCUGGAUGCUGUGCAGGUCCUCACAGGUGUCAGCCAGCUCCUGCCCAAGUCCCGCGAGAACUACCUGAACCGCUGCAUGGACCAGGAGCGGCUGCGGAGGGAGAACACCAGCCAGAAGGAGAUGGACAAGGCAGAGACGAAGACGAAGAAGGCAGCACAGAGCCUGCGGCGCUCGGUGGAGAAGUACAACUCUGCCCGCGCUGACUUUGAGCAGAAGAUGCUAGACUCGGCUCUGCGCUUCCAAGCCAUGGAGGAGACCCACCUGCGGCACAUGAAGGCACUGCUAGGCUCCUAUGCCCACUCGGUGGAGGACACCCACGUGCAGAUUGGGCAGGUGCAUGAGGAGUUUAAGCAGAACAUCGAGAACGUCAGCGUGGAGAUGCUCCUGAGAAAGUUUGCAGAGAGCAAGGGCACAGGCCGAGAGAAGCCUGGGCCUCUGGAUUUUGAGACAUACAGCGCAGCUGCCCUGCAGGAAGCAAUGAAACGUUUGCGGGGAGCCAAGGCCUUUCGCCUCCCAGGACUGAGCCGGCGGGAGCGGGAGCCACCUGCAGCCGUAGACUCCCUGGAGCCCGAUUCAGGGACGUGUCCAGAGGUGGAUGAAGAAGGUUUCACUGUCCGGCCUGAUGUGACCCAGAACAGCACGGUGGAGCCCGCCCGCUUUUCCUCCAGUGACUCGGACUUCGAUGAUGAGGAGCCCCGCAAGUUCUAUGUGCAUAUCAAGCCCGCCCCUGCCCGGGCCCCCGCCUGCAGCCCCGAGGUGGCUGCUGCCCAACUCAGGGCCACGGCCGGCAGCCUCAUCCUUCCUCCUGCCCCAGGGGGCACCAUGAAACGCCACUCUGCACGGGAUGCUGCCAAGAAACCACAGAGGCCUCGAUCUGCCCCGAGAGCCAGCAGCUGUGCUGAGAAGCUGCAGUCAGAUGAACAGUUUUCCAAGAACCUCUUUGGGCCGCCCCUAGAGUCGGCCUUUGACCACGAAGACUUCACAGGCUCCAGCAGCCUCGGCUUCACCUCCAGCCCCUCACCUUUCUCCUCCUCGUCGCCCGAGAAUGUGGAGGACUCCGGCCUGGACUCGCCAUCCCACGUGGCGCCUGGCCCCUCCCCGGAUUCCUGGGUCCCCCGCCCGGGCACCCCACAGAGCCCACCUAGCUAUAGGGCGCCGGCCUCCGAGUCAAGGGGGACACGGUCCCUGCCAGCAUCGGACUCGCCACAGCCCCUCGCCCCAUCCCCGGGUCCCUGGGGGCUGGAGGCUGUGGCUGGACGAGACCUGGUGCCCGGGCCUGCUGACCCUGCAGCCAGAGAGGGCCUGGCAGCGCCCCCCCGGAGAGCCCGCGCCAGGAAGGUGUCCUGCCCACUCACGCGCAGCAAUGGCGACCUGUCCCGGUCUCUGAGCCCCUCCCCGCUGGGCUCCUCCACCACCAGCACCCUUUCGGACCGGCCCAGCUUCUCAUCACAGACGGCACACGCCCUACCAGGAGUCUCCCGGGGACCCAGUCCUGUGGUCCUGGGCUCCCAGGAUGCCCUGCCUGUAGCUACCGCCUUCACUGAAUACGUCCACGCCUACUUUCGAGGCCAUAACCCCAGCUGCCUGGCUCGAGUAACCGGGGAGCUGACCAUGACCUUCCCGGCUGGCAUUGUGCGUGUGUUCAGCGGGACCCCGCCCCCACCUGUCCUCAGCUUCCGCCUCGUGCACACGUCUGCCAUCGAGCACUUCCAGCCCAAUGCCGACCUGCUCUUCAGUGACCCCUCCCAGAGCGACCCUGAGACCAAAGACUUCUGGCUCAACAUGGCGGCCCUGACCGAGGCCCUGCAGCGCCAGGCAGAGCAGAAUCCGACCGCCUCCUACUACAACGUGGUUUUGCUGCGGUACCAGUUCUCCCGCCCGGGGCCCCAGUCUGUGCCCCUACAGCUGAGCGCCCACUGGCAGUGCGGGGCCACCCUCACUCAGGUCUCGGUGGAGUACAGCUACCGGCCCGGUGCCACGGCGGUGCCCACACCGCUCACCAACGUCCAGAUCCUGCUGCCUGUCGGGGAGCCUGUGACCAACAUUCGCCUACAGCCGGCCGCCACCUGGAAUCUGGAGGAGAAGCGACUCCUUUGGAAGCUACCAGAUGUGUCCGAAGCAGGGGGCUCUGGCCACCUAUCCGCCAGCUGGGAGCCAUGCUCGGGCUCCAGCACACCCAGCCCUGUGGCCGCUCAGUUCACUAGCGAAGGGACCACUCUGUCGGGCGUGGACCUGGAGCUGGUGGGCAGUGGCUACCGCAUGUCGCUGGUGAAGAGGAGGUUUGCCACAGGUAUUCCCCCCGCCUCCCCCUGUCCUGCCACUGACCACCUCUGAAGCCAGGACCGUGCCAGGCCCUGAGCCCCACCCCCUGCUUCUGCCAGGGUGCAGGGCGU